CAGCCUCGGCCGCCGGACUCCCCCCUUUGCUCUGUCUUAAAACAAAACUUGUUUCAUUUUAUCACUCUUCGGUGACCAAGGACUUCUAACUUUAGACCGCGUUCCAGUCGCAUCUAUGCCAGCGGACACAUCGAAGAAUUCUCUUAAUGCUCCCCGUCGCACAUCUCGCAAAGUAGCGAAUGAGGAGGAAACAGAACUCAAGCGCGCUCGUGGUGAAAUCUCGUGCGCAGAGUGCAGAAGAUUGAAACUGAAAUGUGACAAGAAAGUACCAUGUGGCUCUUGCGUUCGUCGAGGCUGCCCGACCAUCUGUCCAAAUGGUAGUCUUUCUACUGGGCAGGGUACUCGUUUCGUCCUUGCAGAUACAGAACACCUGCAUCACAAGAUUGUGGAGAUGGGCCAGCGAAUCCGACAACUCGAGGAUGCACUAUCCAUUUUUCAAGGCGGUGUGUCUGAGGAGGUUCAUCCGCUUCUCGCCGAAGAUCUACUUUCCAUAAAAUUUGGACCAGAAGCUCCGAAGUCAAGCAACGAUGCUACACAUGAAAGCAGUAGUGUCCCCAUAAAUUCAUCCGGCACUUUAACUAUCGGCAAUGGGGGUGAGUCGAAUUACUUUGGGCUUUCUGCAGGUUCAGAGACCUUGUUCAUGGCUGGCGCUGAAAUCGAUGGCACUUCAUCCUUGCAACCAGACGAGUUUCAAAGCAUGUCUGCGGACGUAUCUCGAUUGGAGUCAAGUCUCCCCUUCAGUUUGACUGGUAUUCCUGACCAUGAUCAGUGUCAAAGUAUCCUGAGCUCAUUGUUAAGUCUUCUACCACCGUACCCGCGGGCUAGUGCACUCUGCGAGACAUAUAUGGAGCACGCUGCUUGGAUAUUUCAACCAAUCCGACGAGAGGAACUGAUUGAUGACAUUCUGUCACCUGUUUACGCUCUUGCUCAGGAGACACAAAAUAACACAUCUGAAUCUAAAACAGAGUGCCCUGAACACACAAUUGCCGCGCUCUAUAUGGUCUUUUCCCAGGGUGCUCUCAUGGAUUUGACUUUACCACCAUGUAACCAGGAAGCAGAGGACUAUUUCCAUCUUGGCCGUGUAGCAUUAUCACUCCGUUCUGUUUUCGAAUCGCCAACUAUUCACACUAUUGAAGCUCUGGCUGUAAUGGGAUACUGUUACAGCAACAGAGGCAAGCAAUACGCGUUACACAGCGCGUGGUCUGUCAUUGCACUUGCCAGCAAGUUAGCUCAAAGUAUGGGUCUUCACCGGGACCCUUCUCGAUUUAAUAUGAGCCCGAAGGUUGUUCAGCGUCGACGUACUCUAUUCUGGGAAAUCUUUUCUGCGGAUCUCUUUCAUAGUCUCACUUUGGGUCGUCCUCCAUCAAACAGGUUAUCGUACAUAGAUUGCGAAUUUCCUGAAGACGAGACGACAACUAUGAAUGAUCAAGGAGAAGUCGAGAUUGGGUUUUGGCGAUGGAAGCAUGUUUUCACAAGAGACGUAUUCUCACAAGUCACAGAAUUAACGCUAAGCGCAGAACUUCCAAGUUACAGCACUAUCCUAGAACUGGAUAGAAAAGUUCGCGAGAAAGUCUUACCUCCCCCUUUAAACCUUUAUCUUUCUAGCGUUCAAGACAACUACACUACACCAUCAGCUUAUAUUCGUGGCCGCAUUCUUUUCCAGUUUAGAACGACGACGAUGUUGUUCAUUCAUCGUAGUUUUUUUGCACAAGCCUUGCUUGACUUUCCCACAAAUCCUCUCCGCAGUCCCUAUGCUCCAUCAUUCCUUGCUGCAUACCGUUGUGCCUCGGCAACGAUCAAGACUACUGUCCUUAACUUCCAAAUGUUCCCGGACCUCUUUAUGCGUUGGUGGACUAUCUGGAGCCAUCUGUUGUCUGCAGCUGUAAUUGUGGGAUCCAUUGUUACUCGAGCACCAUCGACGACUAUGGCUCCUGCUGCAUGGCAGGAAUUGAACCUUGCAGUAGAAAUAUUUUCACGGGGAUCAAAGACAUCAAGUCGCGCUCGUCAUGGUUUGGCCAUCCUAAACAAACUCAAACUGAAAGCCUAUCAAGCGCUUGAAAAAUAUCGCAGUGGAGCGACAUUUAACAACCAAGGCAGUUUAUCUUCCCUCCUUCCGGAGGUGGGAGGUGAUGACGAACUUACCAUGUUUGGUGGGCAGACUCGUGUCCUCGUCACCAAGAUCCUUUCGCAGCAGAACCGCAAGAAAGUACCAUCGUCUGUUCCUCGGUCGGCUGCAGAUCCACCGCAAUCUACCACGAGUACCCCCUCGAUGUCUGACGAUGGUAGUCCAGAUUCCGUCCCUGACGUCCAUCCCACGCUUGUGGAAUUUUUGAAAACGCAUCCUCCUUCAUUGAUGCCACAUCCCACAUUGGGCACUGGGAAUGCAUUUACAACCUUCCAAAAUCAAUGGGAUGCAUUUUCUUUGCCUCCUCCACUCGAAUUCACAACACCAGGCUCCGCGCCUGUGAUAUAUCCCUCCCCCAUCCCCCAGACAUCCGAGUCAGUCUCGUCUUUUCAAAGCCCCCUUCCACAAUCCAAUUUGUUUGAUCCAACGAGCAUGAGAGUGGACGAUGAGCUUGCUGACCUUCUCCUUUCUGGAGAGUCAGGUAUGGAUGAGCGAUGGAGAUCGUUUAUGCGGGAUUCUGGAAUUUGGGAUGGGUCCCAAAGUUAUGAUCUCAUGACGGAUAUCUAGAGAUUUGCUUCUUCCUCAUUGAUUCAGUUCUCAAGUUAUCAGAUAUCCGAAACCUCUUAUUUAUAAAGCGACUCCGGUUC